GAUUGAUUGAUUGAUUGAGGUGCCGCCAUCUGGCGGCCCAACAGAGAACAACAAGGGGGGAGGACACAGAACCCUGACAAUUUUACUGUGUAGGGCUUCUACAAGUCAGCUUGCAUCUAAAACUCACUGGCUCCAUUCAUAAAACAGCUCAAAACUCAGACAAACAUGCAUGUAAGACAUUUAAACGCAUAAGCACACAUGCAUACAUUUACUCUCCUCUCUUUUAAACAAAAAUCUUUUUUUGAUUUUUAUUCUUUUUUUGUGUUUUCCUUUAAUGAUUUUCUGUAUAACCUAACAUCUUUGUUCUUUUCUUUAUCCUCUAUACUGUGUUUUAUUUCGACUUCCCUGUAAAGUAACCUUGGGAGUCUGAACAUGUGCUUUUUAAAUAAAAUGUAUUAUUAUUAUUAUUAUUAUUAUUAUUAUUAUUGUUGUUGUUGUUAUUAUCACCAAGCAAAGAUAAUUCAAACAUAUGCUAUGCUCGGCUACAAUAAAUCUUGGGGAAAUGUCAGUAAAGGCCUCCUCUCAGCCACACGUGGGUACAAAAUGCCAUCCACAUCUUUCCAUGGAAUAGUACGUCCUUGUGUAACUGCAAUCCUUAUACUGGGUUGUUUUGGGAUUUUAUGUUUUGCUUAUUUCAAGAUGCCCACUACCUGGCUGUCAAGUCAAGUGAAAUUAAAAGCACCUGCACCAAUGGUGAAAAACUUUGGUUCAAAAAAAGAGCAAAACCAGACUGUUAUACUAAUCUGGAUGUGGCCAUUUGGCAGUGCCUUUGCCCUGACCUCCUGUAGUGCCCUGCUUAACAUUGAUGGCUGUCACCUAACAUCAGACAGAAAUAUGCUAAGCAAGUCGCAUGGGGUUAUUUUCCAUCACAGAGACAUUCGCUCAGAUUUAUCAAACCUGCCACCACCACAGCGUCCAAUAUUCCAAAAAUGGGUGUGGAUGAAUAUUGAAUCACCCACAAAUUCGGGAAAGAUUCCCGGUCUUAAUAGCCUGUUCAAUUUUACUUUGAAUUACAGGCAGGAUGCUGAUAUUCCAGUGCGUUAUGCGACCAUUGUUCAAACUCAGGAGAAUAAUUUUAAAAUACCAAGCAAAGACAAGUUAGUGUGUUGGAUUGUGAGCAAUUGGAACCCAAGUUACAAAAGAGUGGCAUACUAUAAUGCGUUGAAGAAACUCAUUGAUAUACAUGUCUAUGGACGGGCCUUUGGGAAACCAGUCAGCAACCAAGACUUUGAUCCCACAAUUGCCAGCUGUAAAUUCUAUCUGUCAUUUGAGAACUCAAUCCACAAAGACUACAUCACUGAAAAACUGUACAACCCACUUUCUGUGGGCACUGUGCCAAUUGUCCUUGGGCCAUCAAGACAGAACUAUGAGAACUUUGUCCCAGGUGAUGCCUUUAUACAUGUAGAUGAUUUUCCCUCCCCCAAAGAGCUGGCUGAGUACAUCCUGAUCUUAGACAAGAACGAAGACCAGUACCAUCGAUACUUUGAAUGGCGUAGACACUUCAAAGUAGACAAGACAGGAGCAUUUAUCAUAGGCACAUGUCUUGCCUGUAAUUAUAUUAGGACACACCGCAACGAAUACAAGGUUAUCAAUAACCUUAACACAUGGUACUGGGGAUGAUUUUAAAAAAGCGUAGUGAAGGACCUCAUCUUGUUUUUGUUUUUUUUCUUCAUAAUUUCAGAUUGCAAAAUAUAUUUUCUUUCUCCUGUGAAAUGCUAAACAAAGAUUAACUGCCAGACUCCCCCCCCCCCCCCCCCCCCCCGUUGAUUCAUUAGAAAACUCCUGGAGGUGAUUAUGGAUAUAAUUGAUGGCUCUUACCUUGACAGUUUUAAACAGAAAUUAAUUAAAGUGAACAGGAUAAAUGCAGUGAAAUUACAAUCAUAUUUAUACAGUUUGGAACAUUUGUAUAGGGUGUACUGCAUGAUUCAUGUAGUAAUGGAAAGUAAAGAUAAAAAGAAAAUAAGUGGUUCACCCUAGUUGUGCAACUUGAAUGUGUUUAUGCAGGGGAUGAGGAAGUUGCAAAUCUUGUUUUUGUCAACGCAGUAACCAAAUCUACAGCAGAUCAUUAUCAUUGUUGUUCAUCCCUUGCAUACGGACGCCACUCUUUAUAGAAACAUAGCCUCUAGUUUGAAAUCACAAAAUUAUUGACUGUUCAGAGCCAAAGCCAAGUCACAGACAUUUUGCCCUAGAGCAUAACUUCAGAACUGGUUGGGGCUCCAGUAAAUUUACUCUGUGUGUUGACAAUCUUUGUAGUGUCUAACCGUCUUCUCAUCUUCUCAAAGACAAAAACAAUAUGUGUAGGUCAGAACCAUUACUAUGUUGCCCCCCUAGUGGCUGGCCAGCAACAUAAACAAACAGGGCCAACCAUGGGAAGACUUCCAGUUUUGUAUCAGGAGAGUUGCAAAGAAUCUCCAAAAAAAAUUACGGAACCGUGGACUACGCAACCCAAAAGUAACACGACAGUCUAUAAAAACCAUGAAACCCACUAUAAAAUUUGUGCACAUAUCAUAUAGGAGGUGUCAUGUCUGGCAGUGGCAGCACUUGGUUGAAGAAAGGCAAAGCUGGAAGAAAACUGAUGACCCUACUGCACGAACUGACCAAUUCUCAGAUUCUCACUGACACUUAUUUUUGAGUGGUGAAAAUAAGCAGUAUUUUCAGUAUUUGAGUCUUAUACAGUUGGGUAAGAGGGUAAGAGUGCGCCAUACCCAGGAAUACUGUACAUCCUACACCAUUACUGAACCACCAGAACACUUCAUUGCUAGUCACUGCUUCGCUUCCAUUUUGUAUUCCCUAACCAAAUGUGGGAGCAAGAACUGGAAGAAGAUGAUGGCAGAGUUAGAAAGGGAUAAAGUUGUAACAUCGAAGAGAGCUAAAGUGGCUGGAAUGGUGACCUAAAAGUAGUGGUGAUGUCAUCUGGGACUGACAGGAAAAGAGAGAGAAUAAAAGUCACGCACAGCUGAGCGUGUUCACCUUAGACGGAGAAGGAAAGAUUCGAUUCAACCUCUGUAUGCCAGUGUGUAUAAUAAACUCGCCAGUGAAGUGUCUGUUACUUAUCAUAGUACAGGCACUUGAUCACGUCCUGGUUAAGUGUUACUCUGUGUUUUGUUCAGCUCCACUUGCGAUAUGGUAUAGGAUAGCCAUGUUCUUCUGCCAACAUUUUGGUAGCGUGCAGGCUCAGUAUGAGGCUCUGUGUCUGUAUUGCAGCUUUGAGAGAAACACACUAGAGGGCAUUCUUGAGAUGGGAGAAGGCAGGUGAAUUAGCUUACUGAUUAUUAGUAUUGCUUUCUGUAAUCCAUUUUAUGAAUUAUAAUACAAUUUUCUAACUUUACUUACUCAUAAGCAUGUAUUUGUGGUCUUGGAGGGGGAGACAAAGAAAUAGCCUGAUUAGUAGUGUCUGUUGUAAAUUUACUGCAUUUACUUUAAGAACAUUUGAGCAUACAGCUACUGGCUUCAGUUGAAAUUCCCUUUGUAGGACAAAAAAGAUUUGAUUCGAUCUUCAAGUAUCAAAAUAAAUAAUAUUCACAAGGACUAUUUGUACUGAGGAUUUAGUCAGUUAAAUGACACCUUCAUCAACUGGGGUGCAUAAAUGUCUCAUUUAGUCUUGUGCGCCAUUAUGUCCUGUCCCCAUUUCACUAGCCAUUCCGUAUUGUCUUUUAACCGAACAUCUCUCAAUGGAACAAAUCACUGCAUCCAAAAAAAUCAAACAUCUAAAUUUCAUGACACCUGGGCCCCCUUCCUAGAAACUCUGAAUCUGCCAGUGAAUUAAGACCUCAACUUUAUUAUUAUUAUUAUUAUUAUUAUUAUUAUUAUUAUUAUUAUUAUUAUUUUAUUUUUUUAUUAUUAUUUUGCAUAUUCAUGUUGUACAUCAGUACCUGUUUAGAUUCAUUAUAAACCUAUGGAGUCUGCCUGUCUGCCUGCCUAUGUAGGGGCGGUGGGGGGGGGGGGGGAAUGGGAGGAACUGGGGAAUGUAAUUUCUGUUUUCGUUUUUUUAUAUAUACACUUUGUCUUUGUUCUGGA